AUGCUUACACAGGUGAGCUGCUCCCAUGCCCAACGGGUGUUGUCAUUUCUGAAUGAGCAGAGGGGUCUCGGCUGGUUCUGUGAUGCCAAGCUGACUGUAGGAGGAGAUGGGAGGGCGUACAAUGCCCAUCGCAACAUCCUGGCCUGUUUUAGUAAGCUUUUCCAGGAAUCUGAGCCAACCACUACCAUGGUUAAGGAGGUCUCCCUCCCAGAGGAGUGCCCCACUGACGGCCUGGAACUGCUUCUAGACUUUUUCUACACAGGGGAGUUGAAGCUUGACUCUCUGAAUCUGGAGAAUGUGCAACAGGCUGCAGACAGCCUAUGUGUACCAGAUGCGCUCGCUCUCUGUCAGCAGUUUGCCACAGAAGGGACAGUCUCUCCAGAAGAACCUCAGUCUGCAGAUCUUCUGGCUGGAGAUGAUGGCCUAAUCCCACCUGUAACUUCUACGGAAACCAAGGUCCCCCUAAAAAGGGGGAGGCCCCCCCAAAAAAGAGGGAGGCCCAAAAAAUCCCAAACCCCUAGUAGUGGCUCAAGUAAGAAGGAUCCUCCGGAAGCAACCGCCACCACAACUCGCUCUGGGCGUAAGGUGAAGGUCUCCAGAAGACUGCUUGGAGAGGGUCCCAGGCCACAGCUCCUGCCCCAGGGGACCACCAUCAGGGGAGCACCACAACUAGUUAUCAGCCUAAUGGAUAGAAGUGAUGGGGCUGAGGACGAGGGACAAAGCCUCCUUCAGCCUACAGAUACAACAGAGGUAGGCUAGAAUACAUAACCUUAUCCUAAAGUGUUAAUGUAAGAAUAAGUUAGGAGGGAAUGGGCCUACAGAUUUGUAGGUUUUAUACUAGAACUAUAAAGUAGGUCAGGGGUAGGCAACUAGAUUCAGCCGCGGGCCGAUUUUUGUCAGAGCAGAUGGUCGGGGGGCCGGAAAAUAUUAAACACUGCAAAUUGACUAUGCCCAAAAAGAGAUUGUAUUUUCAAAUACAAUAAUUUCAUACCUUGAUUAUAUUAAGACACAAUCACGUCUCUUUUUUUAUUUGUGGGAAUACUUGGGAACAGUUUUCCAAAAUUAAACAUAUUUCUUGCUGAAUUCCUGGUGAUUUUACAGUAGUUUUGGCCCGUGGGCCGCCUGUUGUCGACCCCUGCAGUAGGCCUAUACCUUACUGCAAGUGCUUAGGCUAUAGCUACAAUAUGAUGGAUGAUGCAUGAAAUAUUGUGUCUCCCAGUUACAGGUGGAUGGGCCAGAAGAUGUGAUGAAUGACAAUAGAGAUGAUGAUUUGUUGUAUUUGUUUAUUUGACAGGUAACAGACAUGGUCACCGGCAUUGUACCAGAUUUUAGCUACAAAGCUAAUUCUCAUCUGCAGCCUAAUGAUGACGACGAUGAUGAUGGUGGUUUGAUGGAGGGGGUGGAUGAGGACACUGAUGAAGAGUAUGUGCCCCAUGCUCAGCCGACUACCACCUCCAGCCCCAAAGGCAGACGUAAAGGACCAGGUAAAGCUGUCAAUAAAGAGAACAGUGAAGGGGCGGCCAAGGGCUCCAAAAAGGGCUCUGUUCAGUGCCCCACCUGCAGAAAGACCUUCCUCAGCAAGUACUAUCUCAAAGUACACAACAGGUAUGCAACUCACUGCUAUCACAUUGCAUUGACUUUACAUUGAUUCUGUCUUUAUUAUACAAUCUUUGUUUUUAAAGGUUGGUCCUAUUGAGAUAAAAAAAUAUCUUGCAAGAGAGACCUGAGUAAUGAAAAGACUGGUAUUAUUGAGUGACUAGUGUUAGUGUGUUAUUUAUGUUCUUCCACUGUUCACCAGGCGUCAUACGGGUGAGAAGCCCUUUGCAUGCUCUAAGUGUGGGAAGAGGUACUACAGGAAGGAGAAUCUGUUGGACCACCAGGCCCGGAACUGCAAAUGUGGUGAAAAAGUAAAAGCGGUGAGUGAUCAGACUAAAGUAAUGUCCGCACCAAAAGGAAGAAAACUGAGUAUAAAGGGUAGGGACUACCAUGACUUGUCCAAUAAGAAAUGCAUAUUUUCGUUUUCGGUUGUAAAACAUUUUGACACUGUGUGCCCUAAAUUAUACAAUACCUUACGUUUCCCUCAUGUACUGUAUGUGUGUAUUCUUGUUGUUACUACAGGUGCACAACUGCCUUCAAUGCCCCAUGUCGUUUGACAGAGUGGUGGAUCUACGUCUGCACACGGUCUCCCAUACAGGGGAAAUGCCUAAUAAGGUCCAGCACCUACCACCUCACAUCCUUGAACAAGCACACAGUACCGUGAACAUCAGGGUUGUGGUCAAGUCUGAAUUGAGUUGCGAAUUGCUCUUUAAUUCCAAUCCAAUUCUUGAAUUUGAAUUGGCCACACACCACAAUAAGCAUACUUUUAAUUGAAUUUGAGUUAAAAUAAGUAUAAUUUAAUUCAAUCAAAUUCUAAUUGUUUAUUUAUUCUACACAUCACCAUAGUAAUGAUUAUUUUGACAUCGUGUAUGGUUACCAAUACCAUGUACUGUAGCAUAAGGUUGAAACAUUUCCAUUUGUAAAACUCCUAAAACAAUUUUAAUUAAUUACAGUGUUCUGGAAAUAUUGUAAGAUGGGUUGUCUAUAAUAAUUCAUCAAUUUGUUUUGAAAUAUCAGAAAAAAUACAUUUCCCAGAUUGCAUUAGUUCAAACACUGCAAUAUGGAAGGGAACAAUCUAACAUUUAAUGUCAAAUAAAAAUAAUCAAACUAAUAUUUGAAAUGGUAUGUGUAUUCUUUGCAUUAAUAAGUGGCAUAUCCUUUUGAUAAAAUAUUUGUCAAAUGAACGUCUCAGUUGAAUUAGUUUUAAUUGCUUUGAUUUCAAUUAUACUUCCUCCAAUUCAAAUUCAAUUUAAAAUCUGCUUCCUUUGGGGUGUGGCCAAUUAAAAUUCAUUAAAUUAAUACAUUCCGAAUUGACCCCAACCCUUUUGAACAUGUCAUUAAUUUACAUUUUAAGACUUCUCUCUCUGGUUUAUUUUGUAUCAAACUCAUAUUGACUUAUUAUCACUUGAUCUUGUAUCUAUUUCAGUGUAUGUCAUGCUCGGAACAGUUUAUGCGUAAAAAAGAUUUGAGAAAUCACGAAAUCAAAAUCCAUGGUGCACCCAAACCACAUGCAGUAAGUCUUCUCUCUCGCCUUUGUGUUAAUUGGUCUGCCUUUUCAUGUAUUCAAACCUUUAUUGCUUCUGCAUUAUUGUCAAGAUGUAUGACUGCUUGCUUGCUGAUCACCCUCUAACCUGUGAUGAAUUUUCCCCACAGUGCUCUCUGUGCAGCAAAGCCUACCUGUCUAAAACGGAGGUGCGUCUGCAUGAGGCAUCCAAGCAUCGCGGCGAGAAGCUCUUUGUGUGUGAAGAGUGUGGCCAUCGAGCAUCCAGUCGAAACGGCCUGCAGAUGCACAUCAAAGCCAUUCACAGGUGGGGCUGAGACUGGGCAUGGUAGUGGGUGAGGGGUUUGUUACCGUGGGGGCUCUAGAUUGUUUGAUGCAACCGAUAUAGCCUACUGUCGUAUAAUGUGACGUAAUGUAUCAAAUAAUGUGAUGUCCCUGUUUGUUUGUCUUACUUUCUCAGAAACGAGCGUCCAUUUGUGUGUGAGUACUGCAACCAUGCAUUCACCCAAAAGGCUAACCUCAACAUGCACCUGCGGGUUCACACUGGAGAGAAGCCCUAUCAGUGCCACCUCUGUGGGAAGACCUUCCGGACACAGGGUAAAACUGCCAUCCUCUCACUAGGCCCUGCAGAUACCAUAGCAGGACACACCAAUUUCUAACAACAAACAUAGCUGCACAGAUCAUAUAGUAUGAUUUAGUCUCAUAGAUAUCAUUUAGAUAGAGUAGACACACUCUGUCUCACAGACUAACACAUAAACUCUCAUGUUAACAUCCAGUGAGCUGUCACACUGCCUAUACCAACACUCAACAUUGUGCUUGUGCCAAUGCCUAUGUGUGUGUUUGUAUGUCAUUCCAGCCAGUCUUGACAAGCACCAUCGCACCCACACGGGAGAGCGGCCUUAUAGCUGUGAGUUCUGUAACCAGCGCUUCACAGAGAAGGGCCCAAUGCUCCGCCAUGUCGCCAGCAAGCACCAGGACGACCGCCCCCACUGCUGUAAGAUAUGUGGCAAGACCUUCAAGGGUGAGAGAGGAACUGUCAUGGUUGACAAGAGAUUGUGGCAUCACUGAUGAUAUGAUUCAUACUACCUUUUCAGUUGAAAUAAUAUUUUCUGUCAUGUUUUAAUCUAAUCAGUAGUUUGCUUCCUGAAAAGAUUCCAUCCUGACUUUAGUUGAACAAAAUGCAACAAAACAAGUUUACUGUCUGUUUUCUUAUUGUCUUGUUUGUUAAAUCCUCCAGCCAUCGAGCAGCUCCGCGUCCAUGUGCGUCGCCAUCAGGGCAUGAGGAAAUUUGAGUGCGAAAAGUGUGGCUACAAGUUCACCAGACAGGUAGGCCAUGUAUUUCCAGUAUGCUAGCUUGGUUCCUCAAAUUUCCAUGCAUGUUUAAUGCUCACCCAGCCACUGAGGGGAUAAAUUAAGCUGUAUAAAAUGUCAAUUGAAUACUGAAGUCUCUUCUCUUUUCCUCCAGGCCCACUUACGACGUCAUAUUCAGGUCCACAAUCGUACAGAGAACUACAACCCGCGGGAGAGGAAGCUACGGAACCUGAUAGUAAAGGAUGAGGGGUUGCAGGAGGAGGAUGAGACUAGCCCCUCACCAACACAACCCACUGAGAAGGGGACACCUGAGGGGUCGGCACCUGUCUCUGGACCCAGUGUCCCUGUUCCUGUCUUUGGACCUAUACCUGGACUCAGUGUGUCUGGACCUGGAACUGUACCAGGAGCCAGUGACAUCCUCAGGGUGGUUAUCCAGCCCCUGGUGGAGGAGGUGGUGUCCAGCCAAGGGCAGAUGGUGGUGGGCUUUAACCAGGCUGUGGCGGGGCAUGGGCCUGGCCAGUUGGAGGUAGGCUUAACUCAGAGCCAAGGUGUGGUAGGCCAAGGCCGGGUAGAGGUGGGCCUUACCCAGGGCCAGGUGGGCUUUCCCCAGGUUGGGGUGGGACAGGGACAUGGCCAGGUGGAGGUGCUCUCCACCCAGGGUUUGGGUGUGGUGGGGCAUGGUUUCAUUGUGACAGAUGUGAUGGACCAGACUCUCCUGGUGGCAGGAGACUACCACAUCCCUGAGACCACGGUGGAGCUGGAGGACAUACGGGAGGAUCCUCCUGCUAAGAGCAAAGCCUGAGGACAGGACAGACAACGUAUUGUGAUGUGGAAUCUACGUGGAAAAUACAUUGGAUUUGAAGAAAGUAAUCCACUGUUGUUUUGAGUGUGAAAUGUCAACCACAGGAUUAUGUCAUCAUAGUAGCCAAAUUUCAACAUAGACAAACCUUGUAUAAAAUAUGUUGAAUUUGUACCUUUAAAACAACGUCAGAUCUUCAACGUUAUGUCCACUAUCAGGAAAAAGAAACUACAGGCUGGGCAGCACCUACUGGAUAAUUGAUCUAUCUACAGCAGGGCUGACCAAACUGUGGCUUGUGUUUUUAUUUAUUUUUAAUUUUUUUAUCAAGUCAGUCGGGGUCUCAACUUACUGUUUAGAGAUAGCAUAGUAGAAUACACAAUGUGCAAUUUCGAAAUUUGGUGGUGCAUCAAUAGUUUUCCUCUUGUUAUGUCAGUCAUUGACAGUCAAUCAAUUAGCCCAUGUCAGCUAAUAUUUUAUAGAUUGCUAGGUAAGUUAGUCUAGCCAGCUAUCUAAAUCUUGUUGUAAUCAUGGCCGAGUUACUGACCGGGCACCCAAGGCACGUGCCCAGAGGCCUUGACCUCCAGAAAAUCUGCUUUAAAACUGCAACAUUUUCUCCAUGCCCCAUGGAAAAUGUGUCGAAUUGCAGGACAUUAACUUCAAAGUAGCACAUUUUUCUCUCCGCCAGCCAAGUGGGGGGCCACUAAAAUGUUUUUCCUGCGAGGUGGGUAAAAAUCUUACUUGGGGCCCCCAAAAUGCUAGGACCCUGCACAUUUUCAAGUUAUUAGCUUUAUGAACAUAGAAACAAAUACAUAUUUAAUGCUGGCAAUCAGAAUGUUUUGUUAGGUGUCAAGUUAUAUGGCUACGAUGUGAUUGAAGUGUAUUUUUAUGAUUACAAAAAAAGCUAUUGUUUUAAGACACUAAAAAGCGAUUUUUUAAAACUUGUUAUAUUUCUAAAUAAAUUAUGUCUAUUUGUUCAGCUCACUGCCCAGAUUAUAGUUCCAUUCAUAGAAAUAGAAAACAUUAUAUUUCUAUGGUUCCAUAUGUGCCACUGUCUUUAAUUCCAGUUUUUCUACAAAUUAAUAACUGAUAUGUUGGAUUCACAUCUCCAUCUCAACCAAAAAUCGAAGUCAAAAAAUAGGACUACAUCAAAUCAAACUUGAUUUAAAGUGCAUUUUUGGUUGAGAUGGAGACGUGAAUCCAACAUAUCAAUUAUUAAUUUGUAGACAAACUGGAAUUAAAGCCAGACUAAGUCAGCACAUAUGGAACUAUCCAAGCAGAAGAUACAUCUCCUUCUAAUGUUGACAUUUUGUUGUGUUGUCAACCAAACACAAUUCAAUAUUACUUUUGUAAUACAGUAGAUAGCCUAAAGUUAAGGCUAUUUUACAAACUAAUGUAACAUUCAAAUUAGUAACACGUCCAUGGCCACAUUUUGAGGUUACUGUAACUAUACAUUUGUUCUUAUGUAAUCAUAUAAAGGGUGCAUGUUUAAGAUACAGAUAACUGCCAAACUAAUGGAAACACUUCAGUAAAUGAGGGGAUACAAAGUAUAUUGAAAGCAGGUGCUUCCACACAGGUGUGGUUCCUGAGUUAAUUUAGCAAUUAACAUGCCAUCAUGCUUAGAGUCAUGUAUAAAAAUGCUGGGCAGGCCAUUAUUUUGGCUCCCAUGGCUAUGCCCCCAUAGGAUGACAAUGCCCCCAUCCACAGGGCACAAGUGGUCACUGAACGUUUUAAUGAGCAUGAAAACCAUAUGCCAUGGCCGUCUGUCACCAGAUCUCAACCCAAUUGAACACUUAUGUGAGAUUCUGGAGCGGCGCCUGAGGAAGCAUUUUCCACCACCAUGAACAAAACACCAAAUAAUGGAAUUUCUCAUGGAAGAAUGGUGUCACAUGCCUCCAAUAGAGUUCCAGACACUUGUAGAAUCUAUUCCAAGGUGCAUUGAAGCUGUUCUGGCUUGUGGUGGCCCAAUACCCUAUUAAGACACUUUAUGUUGCAGUUUAUUUUGGCAGUUACCUGUAGCAUGCAUAGGCAGUUGCAGGUCUGUGGAGAUCUUCACAAUUCCUGUAAUAAUCUGCCAGAAUCUUGAACAGCGUUGAUCACUUGCAACAUGUACUUUUAAUGUAAUCUCAACUGCAAUCCAGGUAAUUUGGUUCUGCUAUUAGAUAACACAAUCUGUUGUAAAAAUAAACAAAAUAUCUGACAUUGUAUUCCCAUUUGAACUUUGCUGUGCUUUUAAAUGGUUGAAAGCGUAGUGAUAGACAUUUGGGUGACUCAACCAAAAAUCAGACAUUGUUUUUCCAUUGGAAUUGGGUUUUGCUGUUAGAUGGUUGAAAGCAUAGUGAUAACACAUUGGAAAUUCAACUAACUUUUGGCUGUCUUUUUGAGUGGGUGAAUAUAGGUUGUAAUGUCAUUGAUCAACAACCAAAUAUUAUGCAAUUAUCUGCGUUGAAAUGACGUGGUGUGCCUGGCCCAGUGGGUAUUGUAGUAGCCAUGUUUUCUGUCUAAAUGAAAGGCACACUUGGGGAGUUGCUCUGUACAGAAGAACCUGACCAAGUGGAAGCCCCCACUCAGCCCAGUAGACUAUGAAACCCCUCAAGACAUUCCCCUACUCUGUGGACAUAUUCAUUUUGCCUGUGCAUGGGGUCUGACAAAACUACAACUUGUCUUAGGCUACUUCCAGUCGUCACUGGCCAGGCCGUCAUUGUAAAUAAGAAUUUGUUCUUAAUUGACUCGCCUUGAUAAAGGUUACAUUUAAUACUUAAGUAAUUUAAGGUUAUGUAUUUUAAGGUUAUUAAGUUUGUGUUUUUACACUGUACACGUCAGUUUGUGAGAGGUGAAUGUAAAUCAAUGGGAUUGUCUUGCAUCAUCAAGUCAAGCGGUAAACAGAGUAAAUUAACAGUCCUGCCUGCAGUUUUAUUGUGAUAACUCACUGUAAGGACAUCACUACAGUAUACCAACCCAAACAACGCAGAUCUUUUUUUUUUUUUUUAAACAACAAACUUGUAUGAAAAAUAAGAACACAAACUGAAUAGCAUUACAGUAAGUAAACAAUACUAAAAAUGACAGUCAAACACAAUGUUACAGAAAUAAGCUGAGAAUGUGUUACUACUUCCAGUUAACAGUGGUUGUUUUACCAUGAUCUAUCUUCAUGUGUACCUGUGCCUCCUGUUGCAAUGGAAAAAACUAACAUUAUCAGAAAUAACACUACAAAAACAUGUACAUUUUCAUAAAUAAAAUGAAACCAUUCUAAUAAAAAUACAGCAUCUAUAAUAAAAACAAUCUUCAAAGAAAAUAUAUGACCAGUAAUUCAUGCAGGCUAUAUUGGUAGUCACGCCAACAAGGUCUGAAACAGUCAGUCUGGAUGAGGGAGAGGAAAAUGGUGAUCAGCAUCUGAUAGAAUAAUAUCAUUAGCCCCAUUUAUACCUGGUUCUAACCUGUGUUGUUUGUCCUGAUCUUGUCCACAUUCUGAUUGUCUACACCUGUCUAAAAAUGUGGGCACAAUCAAAAGACACAUUGUGAUCUGAUUGUGAUCAGAUCAUCCUGCCUACCUCCGGAGGUAGUCAGACACGCAUUGUGUAUAGAUAUCUUACAAGUCUUGACAGAUCUGGACAGAGAAACCAUUUAAAUAAGAAUUAUUUCGCCCUCUAAAAUCAUUGACAGGUGGGACCAUUAACUGAUUACAUCAAUAUGUCUUACAAUAAAUAAAUAUUAUUUUGAAAGAAUAGCUAUGAAAGAAUUUGUAUAAAGGAAGGGACCAGGAAAUAUGGUCACAAUGCCGACACAUUGGGAAAGGGGACACCUAUUCAGUUGCACAACUGAAUGCAUUCAACCGAAAUGUGUCGUCUGCAUUUAACCCAACCCCUCAAUCAGAGAGGUGCGGGGGGCUGCCUUAAUCAACGUUUAAGGCGCCUGGGGAGAAGUUGUUGUUGUUGGUGCCUUGCUCAAGGGCAGAACAGCAGAUUUUCCACCUUGCCAACUCAGGGAUUUGAAAAAGUGACCUUUCAGUUACUGGCCCAACGCUCUUAACCAUUAGCCUACCUGCCGCCCCGGACGGAUAACAGACAGUUUAAUACCACGUGUAGACACAUUUUUGAAAUGUGGGCACAAUCAGAAUGUAGACAAGAUCAGGACAAAAGACCCAUGUUAGCACCAGGUAUAAACGGGGAUAUAGAAAUAGAAUGAGAACUCAUCUAUGGAAUCUAUCACUUUGAUGUGGUUCUAUCAGCCCAGUCCCAGUUGCAUCAUAUGCAACCAUGCUCUGAUUCCAUCCUAAGGUUCCAUUGCAGGUUCCUAGCAGUAUAGCUCUGAACAAAUCUCCAGAUACAUCUCUCAACGGUUAUCAAAUCUGGUUUAGCACUAGAAAACAUUGUGGUGGUUGUGUUGGCUUUUGGAAUGUCUGGGCUCAUGUUAUUGAUUCUGAAGGAUGAUGUUGGCUCUCACUCUAAACAACCGGAAAGUGGAAAACAGCUCCAUAGUUAGUUGAUCAUGUAAAAAAAUUAUAUAACCAUAAUCAGGACGAUACACUACUACUGCCUGCCGUAGAUUCCCAUGUAUGGGUAGCUUGUGCUUUCCCCAACAUGAGACCUUCAUACCCAGCCAGUCUAUUAGUCCAGUCAAUAAUAGGCAAACUGAGUGGCAGGCAAGUAAAUAACAUAGGGAUCACACAACUGCACACAUGCUCUGUCACAGAAGUGGCACAAUGUAAUGUAAUUACAGUCCUAUAGUGAUCUCAUCCAUGCAGGACAAUUUGAUCUUUAUAAGCAGUUAAUCACUAAAAUCACAUCCACUAUAAGCAGAGUGCACUGUAACGUAUUUCUACCUAUCUGUAGUAUCAUAAUGAGGUGUCUGUUUUCAAAGUAAACCUAAAAUGGCACUAAUGGCUGAAACAGUGAUCAGGAUGAUAUCCCCUGAACUAUUAGUCCAUGUAGUGUGUUACACUGGGUUGACGUCAUGGUUCUGGUUGAGAUUGAGGUUGUGGUUGUUCAGGGCCUGGUUGCGGUGGUGUCGGUGCAGGUGGAUGGAGUUGGCCUCGGGCAGGUCGAUGGGUUCGAAAGUGUUGGAUACGGCGGGCAUGAACUGGCGGAAGAUGCUGACACUGCCAUGCCAGAAGGUGGGCUGUGGCAGGUGGCCCGCGGGGGUCCAUGUACGGGUGGAGGGGUCAUAAGCUUCCACCACGUCAGACAGCUCAAACGUGUUGUCAUAGCCACCAGACACGAAGAGACGACCAUCCAGGGCUGCCACACUGCCUCCUACAUGGACCUGAAGAAGGAAAGAAAUCAUAAUAUCAGUUGAGAAACACCUACAGUGCAUUUGGAAUGUAUUCAGACUCCUUGACUUUUUCCAAGUGUUACAUUACAGCCUUAUUCUAAAAUUGAUUGAAUUAUUUUUUCCCCCUCAUCAAUCUACACACAAUACCCCAUAAUGACAAAGCAAAAAAACCAUUUUUUUGAAAAAUAACACACUGAAAUAUCACAUUUGCAUAAGUACUCAGACCCUUUACUCAGUACUUUGUUGAAGCACCUUUGGCAGCGAUUACGGCCUCAAGUCUUCUUGGGUAUGACGCUAUAAGCUCGGCACACCUGUAUUUGGGGAGUUUCUCCCAUUGUUCUCUGCAGAUCCUCUCAAGCACUGACAGGUUGGAUGGGAAGCGUCGCUGCACAGCUAUUUUCAGGUCUCUCCAGAGAUGUUUGAUCGGGUUCAAAUCCGGGCUCUGGCUGGGCCACUCAAGGACAUUCAGAGACUUGUCCCGAAGCCACCCCUGCAUUGUCUUGGCUGUGUGCUUAGGGUCGUUGUCCUGUUGGAAGGUGAACCGUCGCCCCAGUCUGAGGUCCUGAGCAAGUUUUCAAGGAUCUCUCUGUACUUCGCUUCGUUCAUCUUUCCCUUGAUCCUGAGACGCAGAGUAGGUGAGCGGAUGAUCUCCGCAUGUGUGGUUUCCACUGUGAAGCAUGGAGGAGGAGGUGUGAUGGUGUGGGGGUGCUUUGCUGGUGACUAGUCUCCCAGUCCCUGCCGCUGAAAAACAUUCCAACAGCAUGAUGCUGCCACCACCAUACUUCACCGUAGGGCCAAAGAGUUCAAUCUUGGUUUCAUCAGACCAGAGAAUCUUGUUUCUCAUGGUCUGAGAGUCAUUUAGGUGCCUUUUGGCAAACUCCAAACGGGCUAUCAUGUGCCUUUCACUGAGGAGUGGCUUCCGUCUGGCCACUCUACCAUAAAAGGCCUGAUUGGAGGAGUGCUGCAGAGAUGGUUGUCCUUCUGGAAGGUUCUCCCAUCUCCACAGAGGAACUCUGGAGCUCUGUCAGAGGGACCACCGGGUUCUUGGUCACCUCCCUGACCAAGGUCCUUCUCCUCCGAUUGCUCAGUUUGGCCAGGCGUGGUGGUUUCAAACUUCUUCCAUUUAAGAAGGAUGGAGGCCACUGUGUUCUUGGGGACCUUCAAUGCUGCAGAAAUGUUUUGGUACCCUUCCCCAGAUCUGUGCCUCGACACAAUCUUGUCUCGGAGCUCUACGUACAAUCUCUUCGACCUCAUGGCUUGGUUUUUGCUCUGACAUGCACUGUCAACUGUGGGACCUUAUAUGGACAGGUGUGUGCCUUUCCAAAUGAUGUCCAAUCAAUUUAAUUUACCACAGGUGGACUCCAAUCAAGUGGUAGAAACAUCUCAAGGAUGAUCAAUGGAAACAGGAUGCACCUGAGCUCAAUGACAAGUCUCAUAGCAAAGGGUCUGAAUACUUAGGUAAAUAAGGUAUUUCUGUUUUUUAUUUGUAAUACAUUUGCUAAAACUUAAAAAAAACUGGUUUUGGUUAGUCAUUAUGGGGUAUUGUGUGUAGAUUGAUUAUAUUAUUUUUUAAAAUCAAUUUUAGAAUAAGCCUGUAACGUAACAAAAUGUGGAAAAAGGGAAGGGGUCUGAAUACAUCUCUGCAUGUCUGGCAGACAUAUCAGUAUGGAUGACGGAUCACCACCUCAAGCUGAACCUUGGCAAGGCGGAGCUGCUCUUCCUCCCGGGGAAGGACUGCCCGUUCCAUGAUCUCGCCAUCACGGUUGACAACUCCGUUGUGUCCUCCUCCCAGAGUGCGAAGAGCCUUGGCGUGACCCUGGACAACACCCUGUCGUUCUCUGCUAACAUCAAGGCGGUGACCCGAUCCUGUAGGUUCAUGCUCUACAACAUUCGGAGAGUAUGACCCUGCCUUACAUAGGAAGCGGCACAGGUCCUAAUCCAGGCACUUGUCAUCUCCUGUCUGGAUUACUGCAACUCGCUGUUGGCUGGGCUCCCUGCCUGUGCCAUUAAACCCCUACAACUCAUCCAGAAUGCCGCAGCCCGUCUGGUGUUCAACCUUCCCAAGUUCUCUCACGUCACCCCGCUCCUCCGCACACUACACUGGCUUCCAGUUGAAGCUUGCAUCUGCUACAAGACCAUGGUGCUUGCCUACGGAGCUGUGAGGGGAACGGCACCUCCGUACCUUCAGGCUCUGAUCAGUCCCUACACCCAAACGAGGGCAUUGCGUUCAUCCACCUCUGGCCUGCUGGCUCCCCUACCUCUGCUGAAGCACAGUUCCCGCUCAGCCCAGUCAAAACUGUUCGCUGCUCUGGCACCCCAAUGGUGGAACAAGCUCCCUCACGACGCCAGGACAGCGGAGUCACUCACCACCUUCCGGAGACAUUUGAAACCCCACCUCUUUAAGGAACACCUGGGAUAGGAUAAAGUAAUCCUUCUAACCCCCCCCCCCCCCCCCUUACCCCACCAAAAAAAAAAAAAAAAAAUUGUAAAGUGGUUAUCCCACUGGCUAUAAGGUGAAUGCACCAAUUUGUAAGUCGCUCUGGAUAAGAGCGUCUGCUAAAUGACGUAAAUGUAAAUGUAAAUGAAUACAUUCCGAAUGGACUGUACCUUAAAACAAAACUUGUGUAGUCUGCAAUUACAGACACACAUGCAUUACAUAUUUUGAUAUAAAUACUAUUGUAAAGGCUGAGGGAAAAUGUGGCAAGCCAUAAGACUAACACUUAGAGUGUGUCACAUACCUGUGUCAUGGGACUGAUCUUGUCCCAGUCAUUCUUCUGAGGGUUAUAGACGUCGACCUCUGCCGAGUCAUCCCUAGAACGCAAGAAUCUACAGUGAGAAAUGUCAGGCCUAGCCAAAACCAUUUACCAUUCAUCCUCCUUUUGUCUGUUUGACAGCUACAGCUGAUGCUAUUGAUAGAUAGGCAGUUUUUAAACAUUAUAAUAGAAUAAUUGACCUCUAUGUCCUUCCAUAUUAUGUAGAUAGUUUAUUUUUUAUCUCAUCCAACUUUCAUUAAGUUGAUCCCAUUGAGAUUUAAUUUUUUUUAUAUACAGUCCCACAUUCCUGUCCAUAUUCUCCUCACCUGACAAAGUAUAUGAGCCCAUUGAGAGUGACAGUUUUGGGAGCGAAGGACCAUGGCGGCAGCUCACCACAGUUGACCAGGGUCCAGCGAUUGGCUUCCACAUCAUAGCACUGGAUGGCCAUGUUAUCCUCCCCCGUGGUGGUCAUGGAGCCGAUGGCGUAGAGGCGCCCCUUGCAGGUGGUGGUGGAGCAGUUGUCCAUAGCGUGCAGCAUUGGGGGCAGGGCCUCCCAGCAGUCCAGUGCAUGGUCGUAGCGCUCCGUGCUGUCUGGCGCCACCACGUACAACUGGCCCUUGAGGACACAGGAACUGUGGUACUCCCUGGCUUUCAGCAUGGGUGACACCUCGGUCCACUCGUUGACGCUGGAGUUGUAGCGCCACACGCCGUCGUAGAGACGUGAGCCGUCAGACCCUCCUAAGGACAGGAGAGAAGGGUGUCUGAGAUGGAAGAGAUCCACAAAAAUACAUUCUGUUCCUCACAUGUGGUCAGGUACAGUUGAAGUCGGAAGUUUACAUACACUUUACAUUUACAUUUUACAUUUUAGUCAUUUAGCAGACGCUCUUAUCCAGAGCGACUUACAGUUAGUGAAUACAUUUUUUUUUAUACUGGCCCCCCGUGGGAAUCGAACCCACAACCCUGGCAUUGCAAAUGCCAUGCUCUAUCAACUGAGCUACAUCCCUGCCGGCCAUUCCCUCCCCUACCCUGGACGACGCUGGGCCAAUUGUGCGCCACCCAUGAGUCUCCCGGUCACGGCCGGCUGCGACAGAGCCUGGAUUCGAACCAGGAUCUCUAGUGGCACAGUAAGCACUGCGAUGCAGUGCAGUGCCUUGGACCACUGCGCCACUCAGGAGACAUAGGUUGGAGUCAUUAAAACUUGUUUUUCAACCACUCCACAUAAUUCUUGUUAACAAACUAUAGUUUUGGCAAGUCGUUUAGGACAUCUACUUUGUGCAUGACACAAGUAAUUUUUCCAACAAUUGUUUACAGACAGAUUAUUUCACUUAUAAUUCACUGUAUCACAAUUCCAGUGGGUCAGAAGUUUACAAACACUAAGUUGACUGUGCCUUUAAACAGCUUGGAAAAUUCCAGAAAAUUAUGUCAUGGCUUUAGAAGCUUCUGAUAGGCUAAUUGACAUAAUUUGAGUCAAUUGGAGGUGUACCUGUGGAUGUAUUUCAAGGCCUACCUUCAAACUCAGUGCCUCUUUGCUUGACAUCAUGGGAAAAUCAAAAGAAAUCAGCCAAGACCUCAGAAGAAAAAUUGUAGACCUCCACAAGUCUGGUUCAUCCUUGGGAGCAAUUUCCAAAUGCCUGAAGGUACCACGUUCAUCUGUACAAACAAUAGUACGCAAGUAUAAACAAAAUGGGACCACGCAGCCGUCAUACAGCUCAGGAAGGAGACGCGUUCUUUCUCCUAGAGAUGAACGUACUUUUGUGCGAAAAGUGCAAAUCAAUCCCAGAACAACAGCAAAGGACCUUGUGAAAAUGCUGGAAGAAACAGGUACAAAAGUAUCUAUAUCCACAGUAAAACGAGUCCUAUAUCGACAUAACCUGAAAGGCCGCUCAGUAAGGAAGAAGCCACUGCUCCAAAACCGCCAUAAAAUAGCAUACGGUUUGCAACUGCACAUGGGGACAAAGAUCGUACUUUUUGGAGAAAUGUCCUCUGGUCUGAUGAAACAAAAAUUAAACUGUUUGGCCAUAAUGACCAUCGUUAUGUUUGGAGGAAAAAGGGGGGCCUUGCAAGCCGAAGAACACCAUCCCAACCGUGAAGCACGGGGGUGGCAGCAUCAUGCUGUGGGGGUGCUUUGCUGCAGGAGGGACUGGUGCACUUCACAAAAUAGAUGUCAUUGUGAGGAAGGAAAAUUAUGAGGAUAUAUUGAAGCAACAUCUCAAGACAUCAGUCAGGAAGUUAAAGCUUGGUCGCAAAUGGGUCUUCCAAAUGGACAAUGACCCCAAGCAUACUUCCAAAGUUGUGGCAAAAUGGCUUAAGGACAACAAAGUCAAGGUAUUCGAGUGGCCAUCACAAAGGCCUGACCUCAAUCCUAUAGAAAGUGUGUGGGCAGAACUGAAAAAGCGUGUGCGAGCAAGGAGGCCUACAAACCUGACUCAGUUACACCAGCUCUGUCAGGAGGAAUGGGCCAAAAUUCACCCAACUUAUUGUGGGAAGCUUGUGGAAGGCUACCCGAAACGUUUGCCCCAAGUUAAACAAUUUAAAGGCAACGCUACCAAAUUCUAAUUGAGUGUAUGUAAACUUCUGACCCACUAGGAAUGUGAUGAAAUAAAUAAAAGCUGAAAUAAAUAAUUCUCUCUACUAUUAUUCUGACAUUUCACAUUAUUAAAAUAAAAGUGGUGAUCCUAACUGACCUAAGACAGGGAAUUUUUACUAGGAUUAAAUGUCAGGAAUCAAGUUUAAAUGUAUUUGGCUAAGGUGUAUGUAUCAACUGUAGCUAAGUGGUGCUUAUUGAAAACCCCUGCAUCACCCUUUGCUGUUCUAGCAGAGAGGAAGUCACCAAGAGGUCAAGCAGACAUGAGAUCUGGGUAUCAGCUUUACGUGGAAGUGGACCUCCACAAUACUUGCCACAAUUUCUAUGAUGAAUAACUUGGCAACGGAAUAACACUACGACCCCACCAGACAUGCCACCAGGGAUAUUUCCACAGUCCCCAAAUCCAGAACAAAUUCAAGAAAGCGUACAGUAUUAUAUAGAGCCAUAAUUGCAUGGAACUCUGUUCCAUCUCAUAUUGCUCAAAUGAACAGCAAACUUGGUUUCAAAAAACCAAAAACCUCACGGCACAACGCCUCUCCCCUAUUUGACCUACAAGGGAAAAAGUAUUUGAUCCCCUGCUGAUUUUGUACGUUUGCCCACUGACAAAGAAAUGAUCAGUCUAUAAUUUUAAUGGUAGGUUUAUUUGAACAGUGACAGACAGAAUAACAACAAAAAAAUCCAGAAAAACGCAUGUCAAAAAUGUUAUAAAUUUAUUUGCAUUUUAAUGAGGGAAAUAAGUAUUUGACCCCUCUGCAAAACAUGACUUAGUACUUGGUGGCAAAACCCUUGUUGGCAAUCACAGAGGUCAGACGUUUCUUGUAGUUGGCCACCAGGUUUGCACACACUCCUCUUUGCAGAUCUUCUCCAAGUCAUUAAGGUUUCGAGGCUGACGUUUGGCAACUCGAACCUUCAGCUCCCUCCACAGAUUUUCUAUGGGAUUAAGGUCUGGAGACUGGCUAGGCCACUGCAGGACCUUAAUGUGCUUCUUCUUGAGCCACUCCUUUGUUGCCUUGGCCGUGUGUUUUGGGUCAUUGUCAUGCUGGAAUACCCAUCCACGACCCAUUUUCAAUGCCCUGGCUGAGGGAAGGAGGUUCUCACCCAAGAUUUGACGGUACAUGGCCCCGUCCAUCGUCCCUUUGAUGCGGUGAAGUUGUCCUGUCCCCUUAGCAGAAAAACACCCCCAAAGCAUAAUGUUUCCACCUCCAUGUUUGAUGGUGGGGAUGGUGUUCUUGGGGUCAUAGGCAGCAUUCCUCCUCCUUCAAACACGGCGAGUUGAGUUGAUGCCAAAGAGCUCGAUUUUGGUCUCAUCUGACCACAACACUUUCACCCAGUUCUCCUCUGAAUCAUUCAGAUGUUCAUUGGCAAACUUCAGACGGGCAUGUAUAUGUGCUUUCUUGAGCAGGAGGACCUUGCGGGCGCUGCAGGAUUUCAGUCCUUCACGGCGUAGUGUGUUACCAAUUGUUUUCUUGGUGACUAUGGUCCCAGCUGCCUUGAGAUCAUUGACAAGAUCCUCCCGUGUAGUUCUGGGCUGAUUCCUCAUGAUCAUUGCAAUUCCUCACCGUUCUCAUGAUCAUUGCAACUCCACGAGGUGAGAUCUUGCAUGGAGCCCCAGGCCGAGGGAGAUUGACAGUAAUUUUGUGUAUCUUCCAUUUGCGAAUAAUUGCACCAACUGUUGUCACCUUCUCACCAAGCUGCUUGGCGAUGGUCUUGUAGCCCAUUCCAGCCUUGUGUAGGUCUACAAUCUUGUCCCUGACAUCCUUGGAGAGCUCUUUGGUCUUGGCCAUGGUGGAGAGUUUGGAAUCUGAUUGAUUGAUUGCUUCUGUGUGCUCCUAAUCUCAGCUCGUUACCUGUAUAAAAGACACCUGGGAGACAGAAAUCUCUCUCAUUGAGAAGGGGUCAAAUACUUAUUUCCCUCAUUAAAAUGCAAAUCAAUUUAUAACAUUUUCUACAUACGUUUUUCUGGAUUUUUGUGUUGUUAUUCUGUCUCUCACUGUUCAAAUAAACCUACCAUUAAAAUUAUAGACUGAUCAUUUCUUUGUCAGUGGGCAAACAAACAAAAUCAGCAGGGGAUCAAAUACUUUUUUCCCUCACUGUAGGUUGUUUGUGUGUAUGUAUUGAUAUGUAGGCUACGUGAGCCUUUAAAAAAUGUUGAUGUAGUUCUGUCCAUCAGCUGUUCUUGUUUAUUAAUGUUCUGUAUUAUGUCAUGUUUCAUGUUUUGUGUGGACCCCAGGAAGAGUAUCUGCUGCUUUAGCAAAAGCUAAAAUGGGGAUCCUAAUAAAAUACCAAAAACAUAUACAAUUUCAAUAGUUUAAUCAAAUGCAAUAUCUUCUUUCAGUUUCCUGGCCAUGUGCUGUACUCAUAUUCUGUGUCAGUAUGUAGCUUCACCUUGUAGGUGUAAUGACAAUAUUGCCACAAGGACGUUGAAUCAGACGUACCCUACUAAAUCAACCUGUCAGCAUGAAGACACCUUUCAUAAAACUAGCCCAUUCCCCAACCAUGUGCUCUGUGCUGCAGCCAUAUGCUCCUUCUGAUCCUGCUGCCAGCAAUGGUGCGGUAUGAGAGCACUGCUAAUGAUUUAUGACCCCCUAUCACUGGCCAGAAUUACAGGCAGCGUGCGAGGGCCUGGGAUGUUUUCUCCGUGGAAACACUGUAUUUUCCUGAACCUGAAGGUCACUCGGUAAUGAUGAUGGCCCCUCAUUUAGACCUGGGUUCAAGUAGCCUACUAUUUAAAAUCACUUCCAAUGUGUUAUCUGUGCUUGAUUGAGCUUGCCUGGCUUAACAAAACAAUAGAAUAUUCCCAAAAUGGCAAACCCUGCCUAUCUAGCACUGCACUCAGGUUCAAAUACAUUCUCAAAGUAUAAUAUAAACUUCAAAUUGUAUUUGAACCAAUGAUGUAUAUAAACCAUGGCUGCGCCCCUGCCCAGUCAUGUGAAAUCCAUGUGAAUCCUAAUGAAUUUAUUUCAAUUGAAUGAUUUCCUUACAUGAACUGUAAUAUUUUUGUUCAGUAUAAUUUAAAAGUAUGAAUUAAGGUUUCUGUAAUAGUAUAAACGUGGGAAAACAAAUGUAGACAUUAAUAAAUGCAUUUCUAUAGCUUCCAAAAUAUUUUUUAUAAUGGUGGGGGAGUGCCAAGAUGGAGGCGCGGUGGCUCUAAACAGCAUCAGUCAUCUAGUGUAUAUAUAAAUAUUUGAUGUGAACCCAGGUCUGUCUCUCAGUGAUGAGCCCACGGACCACUGCUGCAGUCCCUCCCGCCUAGCUAACUCACCUCAAUACUCCUCUCUCUCACAUAUUGCAAGAGUAGCUGGCUGCUGUGGUUUAUUUAUACUCACACUGCCUGCCUGCUAUUUCAUAAGAUGCAAAAUGGAGCAUUCUGGUAACAGAGUGACUAAGACACCACACAGCAACUUAACCACUUAUGUACACUGCAGUCCAUUGUCAAGUUAAGCCUAAACACUAGAUGUAGAUUAUAGCUGGAUACAAUAAUGUGUUUAAACAUAUAGCCUAUGUUACAUCUUAAAAGAAAGAUGAUAUGCUGCUAUAUCCAGUAAAACCGAACUCCAAUACCUUUUAUACUUUUUCACAUGAAUAAACUACUUAUUACCCUUCAUAAAUCCAUUAUAAAGUAUACCUUAAUGGUAAGUGUUACAAAAACAUAAAUAGUGUGUGCAAGAGUGUACAGUAUGUCAGGGCAUUGUCAACUUACCUGUGACGUACAUAUCGUUGCCCAGGGCAGCUAUACUGUAGCCCCCUCCCAGGUGAUCAGGGAACUCAGCCAGAUAGCGCCACUGUCCAGUCUGAGGGUUGUAACAGUCCACAGUGACCAGCUCAUCGCAGUCCUGGUCACAGCCUCCCACCACAACUAGGAUCUCAGCCAGGCCGGUUGAGGGCCGUGGCCGCAUGCGUUGGCAGGGUCUGUCGUGACGGUCGUACUCACACGACUGGAAGCUCCGGGCCUCGCUCACCAUUCUCAGGCAGGAGGGGGAGAGGUAGACCAGGGGGUCGCUCUCCACGUGGGCGAGUAGAUAGAACCGGCGCACGAAGGGUAGUCUGACCUGCUGCAGCAGCUCGGGCCAGUAGUGGAGCCGCCUCUGUAGGUCCGCUUUGAUCCAGCGCACCGCAAUCUGAUAGGCCGUCUCCUCCUUGUCCACACACAGUGCGUCGUCCGACACAAACUCCAGCAAACGUUUCCAGGGCAACUGCUCAAAGUCCUUGCCUUUGGCCAGAUCCACAAUGUUCUUGAGGACGAAGCGGCGUGCGCUGACGGCUAGAUUGCGGCAAGCGUAGGCCUCGGCAAAGUCCUGGAUCUCCAGGCAGUUGGAGACAUCUAACCUCUGCUCAAGGAAGGCACAGCAGGCCUCUUUGACCGAAGGGAACUGGAACAGGUCGGCAGUCUUCAGCAGAAGAUCUACAUUAUCCUGGGUGACUGUGACUCGGCCUGUAUAACAGAAGUCCACCAGCAGGCCCAGCAGUUCAGCAGACACCUCGUGAAGAACCACACGGUCCAUGGCGCUCUCUCUUAGUGUCCCGGCGAACAUGGCCCUGAAGUAGGUGCUGGCUGCGGCCAACACGGUGCGGUGGCAGUGGAACUCCUGGCCCUCGGCGCAUAGGGUGACGUCGAAGAACUUGCGCUCGGCACGGAGCUCGUGGAUCCCCCGGAGAAGGUUGAAGGCGUGGGCCGUAUCGAAGAAGGGCAGCGUGGACAGCUGCGUCUGGAUCACUGGCUUCUCAGACAUCACUCCUUUCUCUAUCCCACCUCUGUUCAUCACUCCUCCCUCCAUCUCUCUGUUUGGAUAUCUCAAAGGGGUUGUACUGAGAAGACUGGGUUAA